AUGAGUGAACGAAAGGCGUUUAUUAAACGUGACACCAACGAAACUAAAAUCCAAAUUGCUAUCUCAUUAAAUGGUGGUUUUAUCGAAAUUCCUGAAUCCAUUUUGAAAGACAAGGCACCAUCUGGUAACAUUGCUAGUCAAGCAACCUCAUCUCAGGUCAUCGAUAUCCACACAGGUGUAGGAUUCCUAGAUCAUAUGAUCCAUGCAUUAGCUAAACAUUCCGGUUGGUCCCUAAUAGUUGAAUGUAUUGGUGAUUUACACAUCGAUGACCAUCACACAACCGAAGACUGUGGUAUCGCAUUAGGUCAAGCAUUUAAAGAAGCGCUAGGUCAAGUACGUGGAGUUAAGAGAUUCGGAUCAGGUUUUGCUCCUUUAGAUGAAGCUUUGUCUCGUGCAGUUGUAGAUUUAUCCAAUAGACCUUAUGCUGUCAUUGAAUUGGGUUUAAAAAGAGAAAAAAUAGGUGAUCUAUCCACAGAAAUGAUUCCACAUUUCUUGGAAAGUUUCGCUGAAGCCUCAAGAUUAACUAUUCAUGUAGACUGCCUAAGAGGUUUCAAUGAUCAUCAUAGAUCGGAAAGUGCAUUCAAGGCUCUGGCCAUUGCUUUAAAAGAAGCAAUCUCAUCUAACGGUACAAAUGACAUCCCCUCUACUAAAGGUGUAUUGAUGUAG